GUUGAUCCAGCCAAAGGGCUUCCAAUCAAUCAGCCUACGCGUCAUACAGCCUCGUAGAAAACACAUGUCCCACUUUCGCAUCGUCGAGCACACAGCUCGGUGUCAAAAUGUCCGACAGCGUCCGGGUGCCGUGAAAGCUGGUCAUGAAAACGAGCUGCGACUUUCUGUUAAGCAGUACAUCCCACUCGAUAAUCCUCACCCGAAGGAAGGGGAUGUCACUAUUAUUGGGGCGCAUGCAAAUGCGUUUCCAAAGGAACUGUACGAACCCCUUUGGGAUGACCUUCACAAGCAGCUCGCAAGUCAAAACAGACGCAUCCGAUCAAUUUGGAUUGCAGAUGUUGCUCAACAGGGACAGAGUGGUGUUUUAAAUGAAGCCAUCUUAGGCCAUGAUCCCAAUUGGCUCGAUCACGGGCGUGAUCUUCUGUUCGUGAUAAAUCAGCUUCAGGACCAGAUCCCUCAACCACUUGUUGGCGUCGGUCACAGUAUGGGUGGAAUGCAGCUAGCCCACCUGUCUUUAUUGCAUCCAUCCCUAUUCGAGGGUCUUAUCCUGCUCGACCCGGAUCCCCGCGUCUUCGACAAAUGGAUCCAGUACGGGCUACGAGACCUUCCGACCCCAUUACACCCCGUCACAGACGAAACUGGACCUUCCGCCGUUACUUUGACUACAACCAAGGCACAGGAGCUAUUCUACUUCGUACGGCCUUCGUAUGUUGACGAGCGAUCCGGACUUCCCCGCGGUAACCCUGAAGAGGAAAUGCAUCCGGAUGACCAUGAUGCUGAUUAUCCUUUUUAUCGACCUGAGUCGGCAUGGAUGUUUCGUCGGCUGCCACAUUUGAAGCCACCUAUUCUCUAUCUGUUUGGGGAACAGUCGGAUCUGUCUUCUCCAAUUGCUCGUCGGGACAAAGUGGUAACAACUGGUACGGGUCUGGGAGGUAGUGGGGGUGCAGCGCGGGGACUUGUUGAGGAAGUCGUGCUACCCUCUGGUCAUAUGUUUCCAAUGGAGCUGGUAAAAGAAACUGCUGAAGCUAGCGCGGCGUUUAUGGACAAGAGGUUAUCUGAUUGGGAGUCGAGGGUUGCAACGUUUCGCAGGGCGUGGGAGGGAGUGCCUCAUCAUGAACGGUUGAGCAUUGAUGGGCAGUGGGAGAGGAAUAUUAAUGGCUCCUCAAAGCUCUAA